AUGAGCGGAGCCCACCACAUCUCGGGUGGAAACUACUCGAAUAACUUUGUCGUGCCGAGCUCCAAUUUCAAGGUCCUUCAAGGAACGCCCAAGGAAAUCACCAAGACGGCAGACAGUGGAAAGUCCAUCACCAGCUGCUUUUGCCCUGACUGUGGCACCACACUAUUCCGAUAUGGCGACACCUUCGGCGGGAUCGAUGGCAUGAGGAUCAUCAAAGCGGGUGUUUUGGACGACGUAAACCUCCUCCACAACACCAAGCCUGGCGCCGAGCUGUUUGCGCCUGAGCGUAUCAAGUGGAUUCCAGCUUUGGAUGGCGCUGGUCAAGUUGAGGCGAUGCCGCCGCCGUCUUGA